GAUUGCGAGCAAUGCUUGCAGAAAAAUACUCAAAGACAGGAGGACCAGUUGCGUGAACAAGGGCAGCAAAAAGUGACCGCAAACGAGUUUCUCGCUGAGCAGCCUCUGAAGAAAAGGCAAAAACCAGAGGAGACAGUGAUGCGUUUUGAAGCUGAAUCUUCACAUAGAAUGGCCGCUGGUGAAACCCUCCUCCACAAGGCAUGCCAGAGUGAUCAUGCCGCAGCAGCGGCUCUGAUAGCCUUGGGUCCACAUACAGGGCCAAGGCAACUAAUCCGUGACGAAACUGGAUUGCUACUUGUGGAUCACGCAAUCCUGAAUGGGAAUCGGUCGACCGCAGCAGCAGCACUUCGCGGAGUGCCACUUGAGGAGUUGAAUACGCUCUCCCUGCUUCUGCUGCCACUCUUACUGCAGACCGGAAACUUGGAACCUCCUGAUCAGGCCUCUCUGAACGCUGGGCUCCGUGCGGCAGCAGCUUCUGGACGCGAUGCAGCAGUGGACCUGUUGCUGAAGAACAAGGCAGAGGUGAAUUCAGAGCAGGAGGAUGGGGCGACUGCCUUGGUGCUGGCGAGUCGGCCUGGUCAUGUCAAUGUGGCCCGGCGGCUUCUGGGCGCCGGAGCUCAUCCAGAUCCCAACAGAAGUCCUCUCCGGAUGGCUGCAAAGUCCGGUAGGCUGGAACUCGUCAAGCUCUUGCUUCAAUACAGAGCAGACGUAGAGGCCUCCAAUGUCAAGAAAGGAGGCACUCCCCUAUUUUUGGCUUCCAAAGGUGGACAUUUGGAUUGUAUGGAGGAUGGGCUCGAGGAGCUCAUGAAAGCUCGUGCCAUGCUGACUGGCAAAGACUGGUCUCCACUUCACGCGGCUGUGCAGUCAGGGAAAGAAGCUGUGCAUUUGCUUCUCACAGCCCGUGCUUCACCCUCUGUACCGGCUCAAACUUGGGCUCCGCUCCAUGAAGCAGCACGCCGUCGCUCUGCCAGCAUAACCGAGCUGCUGCUGAAUCACGGAAGUGCAGUUGAUGCAACAACAGCCGAUGGGGCUACCGCGUUGCAUGUGGCGGUGCAGCAAGGUCAUGAGGAAACUGCUCAGGUCUUGCUCUCUCGUGGAGCCUCUGCAGGCUGUAUCGCUUCUUCUGGAGCGACGCCUUUGCACUAUGCAGUCCAACUAGGGCAUUUGCACCUGACGCAGCUGCUAUUGGUUGGGAAGAAUGCAGAUCCGGACCAAUCAAUGGUCGACACGAGUGGGACUGAAAGCGGUUGUCGGCCAUUGCAUUUUGCUGCACAGUUGGGCUUCCAGGAAAUCCUUCGUGCCCUUCUGGCAGCACGGGCCAGCACAGAUACUGAGAUGCGUGGUGGCUUUACGCCACUGGCAUUAGCUGCACGUGCUGGGCACAUGACAUGUUGCAAUUUGUUGCUGGAAUCCAGCGAGUCUAGACUCGGUGGCAAAAGGGCCAUCGAUGCUAUCACCGCCAUGGGUUGGACGCCAUUGCAUCUGGCCUGCAAGGCUGGGCAACCGGCUGUGGCAAGGGCUUUAAUCGAACUGGGCGCUUCAGUAAACAUUCUGAGCAAGCGGGGUCGGACACCUUUGAUGGUAGCCGUUGAGGCAGGGCAUUUUGAUAUUGUAAAGCUGCUGGUUCGCUUCGGAGCUGACUUGGAUGCCACCAUGCCUGGCAAUUGGACAGCGCUUCAUUUGGCCUGCAUGGUUCCAAGAAAUGGCCAAAUGGUCCGCUUUUUGUUGCAGCACACGCAGCUGAGAAGUACUGAUGAGGGAUGGAUGCCUCUUCAUUCAGCAGUUCAUAGCGGAGAUGAGUCCAAUGUCAAAGCCGUGCUGGAAGUUCAGCCUAUGACUGAAGCUCCUGGACAGGUGCCUCCCUUGCACUUGGCCGCUGAAGCUGGACAUGCCUCGCUUGUCCGCCUGCUGCUGGAGAGGGGGGCAUCGGUGGAUGCCCCAGCCAGCCACGAUAUCACAGCGCUACAUUUGGCUGCUGGUGCUGGAGGUUCCCCUCAGCCGGCAACUGCUGCUGAAGUUGCGGAGGUUCUCUUAGCACAUGGCGCUGCGGUGGAUUUGGUAAUGGAGGGUGGAGCUACGCCUCUGAUGGUUGCUGCACGACUGGGCCGGUCGUCUGUGGUGAAGGUUUUAUUACAGUAUGGUGCUGAUGUCUUCAGCAAACUGCCCAGUGGUUGGUGCAGCUUCCUGCUAGCGGUCCGGAAUGGGCAUGCAGAGGUGGUUCGCAUGCUGGUGCGGCCAGAGCAUCAACAGGUGAAAACUCCAGCUGGACGAACUCCAAUUCAGUGUGCCAAGAAAUAUGGUCACAGCGAGGCCGAGCAAGUGCUUCGAGAGCUGCUUGGAGAGUCUUGAUUCAAUCUGGGAAUGCUCGGGGCUGUGCAAUGCCCCUGCCCCUUUGAGCAACUCAUUUGUGUCAAGUGAAAUGGGCGAAGCAAUGCCAGGAGACAAACUGCAUUCCCA